GUUACUGGUAACAGUGCGCAGGUUCGAAUCCUGUCUUAUGCACCCUUUCUUUCUAGCGGCCUUAGCUCAGUGGGAGAGCGCCAGACUGAAGAUCUGGAGGCCCUGUGUUCGAUCCACAGAGGUCGCAUCUAUUUUUUUCAAAUUUUUGAUCUGUGAAUUAUCAAGCUACAUAUACCGUUGGCAGUUAUAUUCCAACGUCAGUUUGUUUACGAUAUUUUCAGUAGGGGGCAUUUUAUUUCGAUACAUUGAACUAAUAAAAGAAGUUUUUGAGGGUGAAAUAAAUAAAUAAUAAAUAGUAAUAAAUAUCGUUAAAAAAAUGGCCAAUCAAAUAAAGUAUUUAAUCUGACAAGACAUCAAGCCUAUUUACCACCUUCGAUUUUCUUAACUAAUUCAAUGUACUUCUUGGUAGAGAAGGACUUUGGUCUCUCGAUAGCCAUACCGAUACCUCUGUCGACAAUUAAUUGAGGCAAGACACCGAAAGCUCUUGCAACACCAAACAAAA